AUGUUCGGUGGCGGCUCGUCUACUGAGUACGAUGAUAUCGUUAGCAAGACAACCGACGAAAAUCUGACAAGCGAGAACUGGGAGCUCAUAUUAAAUCUGUGCGAUAAGGUGCAAGACGAGGGACAAGCAGGUGCACACAGCUGUAUUGCCGCUGUGCUGAAGCGUCUAGCGCACCGUAAUCCUAAUGUCCAGCUGUAUGCUUUGUCCCUGACCGAAUCGCUGAGCAAGAACCUUGGCAUCGAAAUACAUCGCGAGUUGGCUUCGAGGGCAUUCACUCAAGGCCUCGAGCGGCUCAUUACAGAUCGGAAUACUCAUGAAAAAGUACGGAGGAGGGCACUUGGUCUGAUAGCUAUGUGGGCUGCCGAGUUCGAGAAAGAUGAAUCAUUGGGGAUCAUGGAGGAUUGUUAUAACAAUUUGAAAGCUAAAAAUUACAAAUUCGAACAGCCAAACGAACCAGCACCUCCAACCGUCGACGACGAAAUCCGACGUAAAGAAGAAGAAGAACUACAGCGCGUACUCGAAAUGUCGAUGCAAGACCGUGGCGGUCGCUCACAGUGGUCCGACUACAGCCUCGCCGCAGGCUCGUCAUCGUCCACCGGUGCAGGCGCGGGCACCUCGGGCUCAAGCGGCGGCGGCGUUGGACGUAGCGGGUCAAUUGCCUCUCCUGUAUCUGGUACCGGCAGCGGCUCUGCGCAUCCCUUCGCGCAGCCCAAGUAUCAGGCGGGUGGGUACGUUCCUGCACGCACGCCCUCGCCGGCGACGAUGGCUGCACAACAACGCCAGCAACAACUGCAAUACCAACAGGCGCAACAGAAACAGGCGCAGCAGCAGCUCCAACAGGCGCAGGCUGCUGCUGCUGCGCAUGCUGUGCCAGCUGCGGUGACCGAGUCACUUCCGCCUACAUUAGCAUCGACUUCAUCUGCUGCUGCUGGUUCUUCGUCUACUUAUGCGUCGACGAACACUCCGGCUGCGUCUGUUUCAUCUAUGGCUGCGAGUGGAAACAUCGUGACCCGUGUUCGUGCUCUGCAUACAUUUGAAGCAACAGAACCUGGCGAGCUUGCGUUCGAGCAAGGAGACAUCAUCAAGGUCGUUGAUCGCGGAUACAAAGACUGGUGGAGAGGCCAGCUGAAGGGCAGGACGGGUAUAUUCCCUGUUAAUUAUGUGGAAGCGAUGCCCGAACCGACAGCUGCCGAACUGGCCAAAGAGGCAGAACAGGAAGCAGCUGUGUUUGCACAGGCUGUUAAUGUUGAAAAAUUGCUGAACAUGUUGCGGGCUCUCGAUCCGGCGAAGGAUAACCUAGCUGAUAACGAAGAGAUCCAGGAGCUGUACAGAGCGAGCAUGGCGUUAAGGCCAAAGAUUGUGAAACUUAUUGAUAAAUACAGUCAGAAGCGAGCUGAUUUGGUGUCGAUGAACGAGACAUUUGUCCGUGCUCGCAAUAUCUUUGAUAGAAUGAUGGAAGAGAGUCUUGCGAGGCAUACAGCAGUCUACGAACAACCAUACCACCGCGCGUCUUUCGUACCCCAAGUCCGCCCCGACUCACGCGACCCAAACGGUCGUCGGGCAGAGUACGGUCCCUCACCCGGACCGACACCUGCACCAUACGGCUGGAACGCGCCUGCGGGAUACCCACAAGAGCCACCACAGCAACAGCCUGUGUAUGGUGCGUACCCUGCCCAGGCAACUCCAGGAUAUGCAAUUCCUGUGCAGCAGCAGCCUGUGGUGACCACGCCUGGGCAGCAGCAGCCUCCUCCCGUUCAGCAGCAGCAGCAGUACCAGCAACCUCCGCCACAACAGCAAGUACCCCAGCAACAACCACAGCAGGUUCCAGCGGCGUAUGGGGUUGCUCCCCAGGGAGGGUAUGCGGGACAUCAGACUAAUGUACCGUAUAGUCAGCAGGGCCCAACGCCAUAUCCUACUCAGCAGCAACAGCCAGUCCAACCUGUUCAGCAGCAGCAGCAGCCGAUCCAGCCUCAACUUGAACACCAGCAAUCAUUCAAUCACAUUCCACCUCAGCAGCAGCAGCCUAUCCAACCUCAGCCCGUUCAACAGCAACAGCCACAGCCGGUUCAAACGCAACAGAUCCCCAUCCAACAGGCCCAACCCGUCCAGCAGCCAAUUCAGGCUGCUGCCCAAGCAGAACCAGUCCAAGCUCAAGUGCAACCCCAGGCUGCCGCCGUAUCGCCGCAACCACAAGCCCAGCCACAAACCCAGACUCAAUCGCAACUUCAACCACAACCCCAGCAAGACCCCUCUCAACCUAUAACGGGCCCGCCUCCCUACGUGUACAACCCAUCCUAUACGUACGCGGAUCCGAACGUGCAGGCGUGGGCGCAGUAUUAUGCGCAGGGCGGUAGGGAUCUAGCGGGCGCGGUGUAUUUCUUGUCGAUUCCGGGCGUUACUGAGACGCAGGCUCAGGGAGCUCAGGGGCAGGCACAGGCACAGGCACAGGGACCUCAGAGGCAAGGCUCUGUGGAAGCCACAGCUCAGGGUACGGAUCAGCAGCAGCAGACGUUACAGCGCCAACAAAGUUACCAAGCCCCAGCUCAGCAGCAGCAGCAAGGUAACCCACAGGCACAGGUGCAGGCACAACCGGCAGCGGACAAUCAAUUCGCAUACGGUUCUGGAGCUGCUCGUGCGGUGUCACCCAUCGCUCAGCAACAACAGCAACAGCAGCCAAUCCAGCCAAUGGCACACUCGUCGAUGCCCCGAUACCAACUCCAAGAUCAGCCUGUUUCUCAGUCUCAGCCUCAGGAACAACCUCAAUACGCAACCCAAUACGUUAACGAUGUGGCGGGCAAACAAGCCAGCCCAACUUCUCCUAUCGGCAGCGGCCCAGGCGGCGUGCCGCGCCCAGGGACGGCGGGGUCGUACCACAGCCCGACGCAGAACGCGUCGACGCCGUCGUGGGUUCUUCCUAAGAAGACGACAACGCCUGGCCCCGGUGGACAGUUUGGUGGCGUGAGCUUGAGUGAUCCGGCUGGUGGGAGUGCUGCUGCUAGUCUCGUUUAA